AUGAACUCGUAUCCGCCCGAGUUGUUGGCACAGCUCGCGCCGGUCAUGUUUGUCGGCGGGCUCGAGCCCCCGCAACCCCCGGGGCAAGGCAAGGAUCCGUUCGCGGUGCUUUCAUGGCGUCUACGCGAAUCACUGCUGCAUCAACGCAAGGUAGCGAUAUGGCAGCCGGAGAGGGCUAGGAAGUUCCAGGUGGUCAUUGCGGACAAGGACGUGCGCUUCCCCCCGCGAAAACUCGUGCCCCCAGACGAUCCGCAGUACCAAAACUCUCACUCGCCGCUAUCCCCCCUGACGCCGACGUCGCCUCUGUAUCCGGAUGGGCUCAUUGCGCCCAUAUGGAUUCGCAAGCACACGACGCUGAUACCAUCGGUGCUGGUGGUAUUUAUGCGCAUAUAUGAGUACCCGCAGGCCGAACGAGCCCCACUGGAGACGGAGGAAAUAGACCAGCAACGUGAGACUGAAGAGAGGCGGAAGGACAACGAGCUUUGUGCCGAGAUUGCGCAGCGGAAGCGGAUCGCGGCUGAGCGCGGCGUUAAGCUGACAGUGGUGCUCUUAGCUAGCAGGAAGAUGUUAGAUGAAGCGGUACUGGACGUCCGUCUGACCUACAUCCGCAGAAACAGCGGGCUCGACCCUCGUGCGGCGCUGUUCGUGCUGAGCCCUGUCUCGCAGUCCGAGGUUGGCGAAUUCGUGCACAGUCUGCAGGAAGCAUUGUGGGAGCCCGCCCUUGAGUACUAUACCAAUCACUCCAAACGCGUGCGUCGCAAGCGCAACAGGCACUCGCAGGCUGUAAGUGCUUACUCCCUUCCUCCGCUUAGGGGCGAAGUACGCCCGCUUAGAACAGAGGGGUGGUCUGUCCGGUAUGAAUACAAGCUGGCAUGUUUCGCCGAGUUCAGGGGAGAGGACGAGGUCGCGCUCAGACACUACCAGGACGCGUAUGCGAGUCUACUGGUAAUGUUUGGCUCUACGGCAAUCCUGCCCCCAAGAACGAAGCGGUGGGCCGAGGCAAAGGUGCUGGCUGACUGCAUUAACAUGAAGAUUUGCAAACUAUACCUGUACAACAACGAACAUUCUCUUGCUCUUUCUACGCACAAUAAUCAUAUGCGCAAGUUUGCAGACUUUUCGCGUGGCUGGGGCAUUGGCGAGGAGACGUUCGAGUUUUGGAGCUGGCUAGCGAGACAACAUCGCGCCUUUGCAGAGCUUUUGGAACAAGGCACCCGCUCAACACUCACGAUCCCAACACAUUUCUCGACAUCGCCGCCUGCGGUCGCAGCGGCUGCUGCUGUAGCACAGACAUUGGAUAGCAGCCAACGGACUAUCUUGGAGAUGGAGGCAAUGCGUAUGCUAGGGUUGAAUCCUACUCAGGCGCUGCAGCAUCCAGGGUUCUACUACUAUAUGGCAGCAAAAUGUACUGAAAGGAGACGAGAACGCUUCCUGAGUGCUCUGGACGCGGAGGCGAAGGAAGAACCGACCACGACAUCGCCUGGAUUUACGAAUGAGAAGAAGGUAGACCAUCUGGCUUUAGUUCUGGAGACAGGCUCACAGCUCUAUACCCGCUCGUACGAGCUUUUCAAAGCCUUCAGCCCGUCAAAUACUCAAGGCCAUAGCCGUUUGACGCUAUGGAUAGCAUAUUGCAUUGCUCAGACUUACUACGAAUCGGGCAAAUUCGACAUGGCAGUUCGGUUCUUCGAGCGGAUAGCGAAAACGUACCGCAGAGAGAAAUGGGGAUCUCUACUUCAACCGCUACUCACGGCAUGGUAUUCAUGCGCGCAGCAGAUGGGCGACAUGGAACUCAGCGUACGGUUGUUAUUCGAGAUGUUGGGGCAUGGAAUCAGAACACAGCAGGAUGAUGCCGACUCAACGCAGGAAGACCUAAGUGCGGUCCUGAAGAGCUCCGUGCCGUCAAUAACGGAGGAGCCUUUCGUGAUCGAUUCGUCGGAUUUGGAACCGAUCUUAGUCUCGUCUACAGUCUUCUGGAGGAAUGAUGUCAUUGUGGGAGAGGCGGUGGCAUUCCAGCUAUCGCUGACUGCACGCCCAACAGUGUCCAUGGCGUCGCUGCCAUUCGUAUCUCUCAGCAUACACUUCUCUUCCGAUCUACCGCCCGUCACCAUCCGCCAUACACCAGCCGUGUAUGAGGGAACACCUUCUCUGCAGAAGAUUGACCUAGGGUACAUCGCUUCCCCAACAUCAGAGGCCGAAUCUGAGGAUAAGGAAGUGGAGGGGUCGCUGAGAUGGCGUCCAGACGGCAGGAUUGUCUUCUCGGGCAGCGUCUCGUCAGACGUACCCACAAUUAUCAAGAUUACGAAGCUUAUUUUGACCUUGAGGGAGGGUAGCUGGCAGAUACAGGUUCCCCUGUUUCCUUCCGCCACACAUGCUGGUCCGACAUACCCGAAAUGGCUCAACAAAAUCGAGCCCUGGACAUUCGUACCAAUACGUCGGGAGCAUUACUCUACUGUGACUGUCCGCCAUCGACCACACAAGGUAGAGGUCAACAUCUCGCAUCACGCCCCUGCAUUGAUUGGAGAAGAGUUUCCCAUCUGUGUUGAUGUGAAGAAUUUCGAUGAUCGAGAUAUGGAUAUUGUGGUGGAUGCGCUUUUGCAGCCCACAGAAAUCGAUGAAGCUGAGAACUUUAUUCGCAUUGGCGACGACCGCUCGACGAGUCUGGUGAAGGGAGCCUCGUUAGGUGUCAUCGCACCAGGCGCCAGUACUUCCAUCACACUCCAUCUGGCUAGUGCUGGUGCUGCCUAUGAUAGGGUCAUUGAUAUCUCUGUGCAGUCCCGAGUGGUCGCUGUCGAUGACGUAGUCAGUGGACUCACUCCGCCUGGUAGCCCAACCGCACCAUCUCUUGCAGAUAGGGACGAGGCGCUGCGAACCUUGGUGAUUCCCGCAGUCGAGCCGAUUAGAGUCGAACAGCAAGUUUUGUAUAAUCGAUCUUUGCGGAAGCAGCCCGGGCUGGCCGACCUUGCCACCUACAGCCAUGAAUUCUGGGAUGAUGGUGAUGUAGGCGAGGCGAUAGUAACCACUUCGAUUUCUUGUACGGCGCCUUCCGGUAUAGUAGUCGAGGCAGUAAAGGUCGUCCGAGAAAAUAACAAUCAAGCCCACGUUAUCGACAGUUCUACUGAACAAAGCGAAGAGGACUUCCUCUCUGAAUGGCUCUCCGGUGACGAGUUUUGUGAUCGUUGUCGUAUUGGUUUGGCCAUCGGCGAGGAUUACAUACAAGGCGAGGAUAUUGCUGGGCCGGGCAUGUAUGAACUGUCCUGGAGGAGAAUCCUCCCCGACGGCACAUACGGACCCACAGCAACUAGCCGCUUCCCGCUUCCGCCACUGCGCCCACCAGUUGACGCACUCGUUGCACUACUGCACGCGCCCCCCUCCGGGAAGCUACACGUCCCGUUCCUGCUCCGCCUCGAUAUCCGCAACAGGCACCCAUCGCGCGCUGCCAAUAUCGUCGUGCAUCUCGAGACAGACACCACAGAUAGCUUUGUCGUUGCCGGUCUUCGGAGCGGCCGCAUUCCGAUCUUGUUGCCUGGUGCCGAAGAGUCGUUGGUCUGGAAACUCAUCCCUGUCGAGUGCGGCUUCGUCAAGGUGCCACACAUCCGGGUGCUAGAUCGUCGAAGGGAUCCACAAGAUCUGGCCGCGAUUGCUGGUGACUCGCGGGGUGGGGAGAUCGUUCGGAUAGUCGAUGUGCGGUGGGACGGACGGAGUGGAGCGGAAGACGGAGUGCAGUCGGAUGUUGUGGGCCGUCGGAGAAGCGUCGAGGAGCAGACAGCCCAGCCUCUCAUCCUUGUGCUACCGUGA